ACUUUAUAGUCUCACACUCACAGAGUUCACAAACCCUAGCAUCUCUCUCUCUCUCUCUCUCUGAAGCUUACGCGAAAAUGGCUUCUAGAAGAGUCUUAUCCUCUCUUCUCCGAUCGUCUGCACGACGAUCCACCAGAUCGCCGAUCUCAAGCUCUGCCCCCAGACUCACAUCUCCGUCGCCAUCAUCACGCGCUUCUCCAUACGGCUACCUCUUGUCGCGCGUGGCCGAUUACUCGACUUCCGCUGCUGCUGCGGCGGCUCCAGCUCAGGCUCCUCCGGCGCCGAAGAAGAGAGGCAAGAUCACCGAUGAGUUCACCGGUGCCGGAUCGAUCGGCCAGGUGUGCCAGGUCAUCGGUGCCGUCGUGGACGUGAGGUUCGAGGAAGGUUUGCCUCCGAUCUUGACCGCGCUAGAGGUUCAGGGACACUCGGUCCGAUUGGUGCUUGAGGUGGCUCAGCACUUGGGAGAGAACAUGGUUCGUACUAUUGCUAUGGACGGUACUGAAGGUCUAGUCAGAGGCCAGGACGUGCUCAACACUGGCUCUCCUAUCACUGUGCCUGUCGGUAGGGCUACACUUGGACGUAUCAUAAAUGUUAUUGGGGAGCCAAUUGACGAGAGGGGAGAUCUCAAAACCGACCACUAUUUGCCAAUCCACAGAGAAGCUCCAUCUUUUGUUGAGCAGGCAACUGAACAAGAGAUCCUUGUGACUGGAAUUAAGGUUGUCGAUCUUCUUGCACCAUACCAAAGAGGUGGUAAGAUUGGGCUGUUUGGUGGUGCUGGUGUUGGAAAGACAGUGCUUAUCAUGGAACUUAUCAACAAUGUUGCUAAAGCUCACGGUGGUUUCUCUGUGUUUGCUGGUGUUGGAGAACGCACUCGAGAGGGUAAUGACUUGUACAGGGAAAUGAUGGAGAGUGGUGUCAUUAAGCUUGGUGAUAAGCAGGCUGAAAGCAAAUGUGCUCUUGUGUAUGGUCAAAUGAAUGAGCCCCCGGGUGCUCGUGCUCGUGUUGGUCUUACUGGUCUGACUGUGGCUGAACAUUUCCGUGAUGCUGAGGGGCAGGAUGUGCUUCUCUUCAUUGACAACAUUUUCCGCUUUACUCAAGCUAACUCUGAGGUGUCUGCUUUGCUUGGUCGAAUUCCAUCUGCUGUCGGUUACCAGCCAACUUUGGCUACGGAUCUUGGAGGUCUUCAAGAGCGUAUCACAACCACCAAGAAAGGUUCCAUUACCUCUGUCCAGGCUAUCUAUGUGCCUGCUGAUGACUUGACAGAUCCUGCUCCCGCUACAACCUUUGCUCACUUGGAUGCCACAACUGUGUUGUCACGACAGAUCUCCGAGCUUGGUAUCUAUCCUGCUGUCGACCCUCUAGAUUCCACAUCUCGUAUGCUCUCUCCUCACAUUUUGGGUGAGGAACAUUACAACACUGCUCGUGGGGUACAGAAGGUUCUCCAGAACUACAAGAAUCUGCAAGAUAUCAUUGCUAUUUUGGGAAUGGAUGAACUCAGUGAAGAUGACAAAUUGACUGUUGCCCGUGCACGUAAAAUUCAGAAGUUCUUGAGCCAGCCUUUCCAUGUUGCAGAAGUGUUCACUGGUGCCCCUGGCAAGUAUGUGGAAUUGAAAGAGAGCAUUACCAGUUUCCAGGGAGUUUUGGAUGGCAAAUACGAUGACCUAUCAGAACAGUCGUUUUACAUGGUUGGAGGUAUUGAAGAGGUCAUUGCUAAGGCAGAGAAGAUUGCCAAGGAACUUGCAGCCUAAUCAAAUUCCUUCUCUACCCCCAACUUCUCUUGUUAGCUUCUCUUGAUAAUUGCGAAAAUCAAAUAAUUUAGGUGGUGUUGGCAUUGCCAGCAACAGGAAUUUUAAUUUUUUGAGAUUGAAUGUAUCAGGAAUUUCCAGUUCUGUUUUGAUCUUAUGGCAGAUUGUGUAAGAGAAAUGGAGCCAAAAUGCCCUACCUCCCCUUUUUUCUUGUUAUUUAAUAAGGGGAAAAAGAAAGCGGACAUGUAUAUUACCUUGUGUUUUAAAACGUGGAAUUGUGUUAAUUUUAAAUUCUUGUUUCAUAUGAAAUUUUACUAGAGAUGCAAUGCCGACUAUGCAUCUAUGUAUGCUUACUGGAUUUUCAAUGAAAGUUUUGUUUUGGUUGUCCUUCAAAA